AUGCCAAUUGAUCAGGAGAAAUUAGCCAAGUUGCAAAAGGCUGGCCCAAGAAAGGUCGGUGGUGCCAGAGUUAAGGCCAAGAAGGUCAAGUCCGAGGCUGACGAUGUCAAGUUGAUGGAGACUUUGGCCAAGUUGAAGGCUACCAAGAUCGAGAACGUCGAGGAGGCCAACUUCUUCAGAGAUGACAGCAAGGUCUUGCACUUCCCACGUGUCGGUGUUCAGGCUGCUUCUGGCUCCAACACUUUUGCCUUCACUGGUUACCCUCAAGAGAAGGACAUCACUGCCUUGAUCCCAGGUAUCUUGCCUCACUUGGGCAGCGAGAACUUGGAGGCCUUGAGAAGAUUGGCCGAGCAAAUUCAGGCUGGUAAGGCUCCAACUGAGUUGGACGCUGCUGCUGGUGCCGAGGACGACAUUCCUGACUUGGUUGCUGGUGAGAAGUUCGACGAGGUCGAGUAG